UCUUAGCGCCAUAACAACCAACUAAGAAGCUACUUAUACGUACAAAAUUAAAAAAAAAGAGCGAGUGAUAUGGAUUUUGAUAGGGAGUGGUAUAGGGAACGUGCUACUCGCAUGACAGUAGUAGCACAUAUUUUUGGCAUCCUAGCUCUCAUCUUAAUGCUUGUUUGGUUGUUGCAUUAUCGAGGAGGUCUUGAUCUCGAUUCAGAUAAUCCGUAUCGUAUUCUCAAUGUUCAUCCAUUUCUUAUGUUUUUUGGAUUCAUAUUCUUUGCUGGUGAAGCCAUGAUGGUGUACAAGACCGUGAUAGCGGAUACACGGGUGCAGAAGAUGAUACACAUGAUGAUGCACGUAGCAGCAAUUACACUAGGGAUUGUUGGGAUAUAUGCUGCCUUUAAAUACCAUUCCAAGCAAAAUCUUACAAACAUGUAUAGCUUACAUUCAUGGAUUGGUCUCAGUACCUUCAUUUUAUAUGGCUUCCAGUGGCUAUUUGGGUUUGUCACAUAUUGGGUUCCAAGGCCACAGUCUACAAGAGCAUUAUUUUCACCAUGGCAUGUAUGUUUUGGGAGAGCACUGCUUUAUAUGGCAAUAUGCACUGCAGAAACUGGUUUGAUGGAAAUUUUCACAAUCCUAAAAUUGGUGGACAAUCAUGAAGCUCGAUUAAUUAACUUUACAGGCCUUGCUAUUCUGCUUUUUGGCAUUACAGUUGAUCUUUCUGUUGCUUUUGCUCGUCAUGUGUAAAAAUAAUUGUUUCCUUUUGAUUCUUUUGAGUGUUCAUAUUAACAUAUUAUAAAUUUUAAAGGUUGUGUAUACUUGUUUAGAGUGGAGUAUUAAUUAUCUUUUGAGUUUAGAUUGCUUCCUUUCAUGUUAUUUUUCAUAUAAAUAUAGUUUUUCAGUGUUGUGUAUACUGAGUUUUCGUAAAUAGUUGAUUGUAUUUUAGCCGAAUUCUAAUUUCACCUCAAAAUUAUCUAUCGUCUAUUACCAAAAUAGCUGACAAAUUAAAGUCGUCUUCUUUUGUCAAAAUAAGUUAACGUGUUAGGCUUUCUUAAAAUGAGUUUAGCAUCUAUUCUAUAUUAAUUCAUUUACAUAUGUCAUUUUCUUUUUGAUCUCAUACUAAUAUAUAUUACAUUGUCUAAUUAAAGCAGCUAGUUUCCUCUCAAAGUUCCGAUUUAGUUCAACUUAACUUAGCUCAAUUCAACUCAAAAGAACCCAACAUAUCAAUAAAAAGUGAUACUUUCGGGCAACAAAAGGAAUUACCAUUUCAUGGACAAUCUUUUGUUCUCUUUAACUAAUGAAGCACUCUAAGCCAAAGGCAGUCCUCAUAGCAAUUUCAGAAACGUUCAUCACGUUUUCUCGACUUUCGAGAAGUCGACACCGUCUGUGCUACGAAUGAAAUGCGGAUGCAAGGCACUAAUCACCUCUGUAACUGAAAUGUUUGAGUAGAAAAAUUUUUGGUAGCUCCAAGAGCAGUACUGGAGUAAGAUUUGAGAGCACAUAAGAAAAUUCUGAAGAAAUAAUGAUACACGCUUGUUACAGUUAAGUAAUUCACAAUUAAAAAAAUUCUAUGUACAAGAUCAUCAAUGUUGGAUAUUAAACAUCUCUCUAGCACUAUAGCACCCAUUAAUCAGCUAAUACAAGCAUAAAUAUGGCAUCAACACCCCUCCAUCACCUGAACCUUUUGGGUCAAUCACCCAAAUUCACAUCCCCUAUUAACGCUUGCUCGUAAAAUGCUACAAAUUUGAAACAAAUGGAAAGAAAAACAUCACAAAACCCCUCCCUCUUAAGACUAGUAAAAGAUGGACAAAGACACAAGGCAAUUAUAUAUUUACAACGUCGUUACCUAUAUAGCAAACUUAUUAGCCAAAGCCUCCCUGGAAUUUAAUGGAUUCUUCUCCCAACUGGCUUGAAAUUUACACAGGGGGGCUAAUGAAUGUGCAGCAUAAAAA